UCCUCGUACAGAUCACUGGGUUUCCUUAUUCCAUGCAGCCAGAGGACAGGAGCUCUGAACCCUCAGUUUCUUUCCAGAAAAGAUCCUUCAUUACUUCUUUAGGACGAGAGCUCACUGUAAACAUGGUUGAUAGAAGCAUUGCACUGGAGGCUCUGGGAGCACUCUGCACUGGCAACGUGACGUCUGUCCAGCAACAAGACCCACAAGCUGGUUUUUCCAGAAGGAACGUUCAAGCGGGACCACGGCAGAAUCUGUCCAUCAAGCUUCUCAUCCCGACUGUCAUUGAUGGAGAUGAACACUCCCAAGUGUCAAGAUCCUGCUUCUACAGCAUCAAGUCCAUCCUGGAGGGCAGUGGUGGAUCUGACUUUCCCGAACUGGACGAACCGGUUGUUAUUAUCCAGAAGAAUCUCAUUAUGGAUGAAGAAGAAUUCUUUGCACCAGAGUAUGACUAUGAUUUCAAAAACCUGACUGAGACUGAGACCUAUUGGAGAGGUGGAGAGAAGUACGAGCGUCCAUGUGGUUGGUACCGAUUUGGACUCAAGGUGCUGGACAAGUAUCCUGGAACUACCUGGCUGGGAACCACGUACCGUAGCAUCCAGUCGAGCCCCGGGGAGUGGCCUGUGUCUUACCACGGGACAUCAAAGACAGGUGCCGGAGGCAUCAUCGGAGAUCACUACCAGCCAGGACCAGGGCAGGUCUAUGGCAGGGGGAUUUACUCCACACCGGACAUAAAUGAGGCGAACAAAUACGCCAAAACGUUCACCUCCAGCAAGAAUGGCAAAACAUACAAAGUGGUUCUGCAGAAUCGAAUCGACCCUGAGUACAGAAAGAAGUAUUUUAAUGACCUCUACUGGCUGGUCCCCAUCCCAAAGGGAACAUCAGAAGAUGAAGAGCAGGAGAUGGUAGAGAGGGCCAUCCGUCCUUAUGGCCUUCUGCUGAAAGAGGUCUGAUAGAGGAAGAUCUCUCUCUCUCUCUCACACACACACAGAUAUAUAUACACACACACACACACACACACACACACACACACACACACACACACACACACACACACACACACACACACACACAUCUGGCCAGUUGUGGAGCUUAGAACAAUUCCUGUCUUUUUAUUGUAAUACGAACAAAGUACUCCGAUGCUGUCAAAUGGGAUUUACAUAUCAAGAUGAAUAUUGAAAAAUAAUAUCUCAUCUGUAUGUGUGCUGUAUAGACGGAUGGAAUAAACAACCUGCAUUCUACCUGCUCUGUCUCCUUUAAAAAAAAAAGCUUUGAUGCAUAAGAUCAAGUUUUAAAUGAAUUUGUCUCUCAAAUCGAUGUCCCUCCACUCCAUAACGAUUGUUUACAGGCAUCACAAGCAGGUUUCUGACAUGAACUCCAAAAAUUGUCCGGAGAAUAGGGUCAAGAGUUUCUCCAAAGUUUUCCAUUUCACAUAUGAAGAACGCAGCAGGAGAUUCUCCAGACGUGUUCAAGACAACACUGAAAACUUGGGAUCACUCAAGUAAGGGGUAGAACAUACUUCUGCUGAGGAGAUCAUGUGUUUUUGUUUACCACACAUCAUUGGCCCUCACACCCAAAAGCUCUGUUAACUCUUUCAAUUGUGUCUUCUAAGUGUAUGCCACCGCUUUUUCAUCCUCAGAUAUAUUCUUUUUGUUUUGUUUAUUUUUUUCAGUUAUACAUCUGACGCGUAUCAGAAACAUCAUCAUUAGCCUGAGUUUUUACUCAGGGCCUGGCAGGAGAAACUCUCACUUGGACAGUUGCAUACUUCCACACAGCCCCUCUGGAGAAUGUCAGUUUACCUUGAGUACAGUGCAUGUCUGCAAAAAGCUCUAUUGUUCCUGCUUUUCUAUUGAAAAUAUCUUUGGGUGAAAAGAAAAUGAAACAAUAAAGAACCUUAUAUUUG